UUAUUUUAAACCUUCAACUUCCGCCACUUGGUCUACGCUCGGAAACUUGGCACUCAAAAUGAUUUAAAAAUAUAUUUCAAUCCAAGCUGGAAAAUGUGAUGAAAUUAUAUCGGAUACAGCAAGAAGAAGGUGUCUAGUAUGAUGAAGCCCGGACAAGCUGGAACUGAGGUUGUCGUGAAAAUGAAACUUUCAACAAUAGGUAUCAGACUUGCCCUAGCAUUUUGCUGUCUUCUUGGACAAGCAUGUGCAUUCAAGUCUUUUGAAGUAACAAGUACGUCUUCAACUUCAUUGAAGUUGACAUGGAGCAAUAUUUUCCUUAAUGACAGCAAGCCGAAUGCUACAUAUCUGAUCACUUUUGGGACUGUCAGCAACUGCUCGUUGUCAGCUGAAACAUCGGAAAGCAGAAAUGUUUCAUUUUCCACACAGGAAAGUACCCUGGAAUACAAUCUUACAAAUUUAAAGAAAUGGACAAGUUACAGUGUACAGAUUUCAGCCUUGCUCGAGAAUGGCACUAAUUUUAAACAGACAGCUCCUUUAUGCUCAACAACAAAAGAGAAUGCUCCAACUGGUUCUCCAAAGAUUGUCAGCUUACAGCCUCGUUCCUCAUCAAGUUUGUCAGUAACGUGGAAUGCUCCAGAUGCAAAUGUUACUCAUGGCAUUGUCAGAAACUACACCAUAAAUUAUAGACGAGUCAAUUGCAGUGAAAACAACCUGGUUCCCGCUGGGAACUCGUCUUGGAAUACUACAGAAACAGAAACUAAUGCAACUGAGUGGAUUCUGACAAAUUUGACGUAUUGGUCUUGCUAUGAGGUGCGUGUUGCAGCAGUCACUGUUGCCGUUGGUGUGUUCAGUGAAACGAGGACGAUGAGAACUCUGGAGAAUGCUCCAACUGGUUCUCCAAAGAUUGUCAGCUUACAGCCUCGUUCCUCAUCAAGUUUGUCAGUAACGUGGAUUGCUCCAGAUGCAAAUGUUACUCAUGGCAUUGUCAGAAACUACACCAUAAAUUAUAGACGAGUCAAUUGCAGUGAAAACAACCUGGUUCCCGCUGGGAACUCGUCUUGGAAUACUACAGAAACAGAAACUAAUGCAACUGAGUGGAUUCUGACAAAUUUGACGUAUUGGUCUUGCUAUGAGGUGCGUGUUGCAGCAGUCACUGUUGCCGUUGGUGUGUUCAGUGAAACGAGGACGAUGAGAACUCUGGAAAAUGCUCCAACUGGUUCUCCAAAGAUUGUCAGCUUACAGCCUCGUUCCUCAUCAAGUUUGUUUGUAAUGUGGAAAGCUCCACGUUCAAAUGUUACUCAUGGCAUUGUCAGAAACUACACCAUAAAUUAUAGACGAGUCAAUUGCAGUGAAAACAACCUGGUUCCCGCUGGGAACUCGUCUUGGAAUACUACAGAAACAGAAACUAAUGCAACUGAGUGGAUUCUGACAAAUUUGACGUAUUGGUCUUGCUAUGAGGUGCGUGUUGCAGCAGUCACUGUUGCCGUUGGUGUGUUCAGUGAAACGAGGACGAUGAGAACUCUGGAGAAUGCUCCAACUGGUUCUCCAAAGAUUGUCAGCUUACAGCCUCGUUCCUCAUCAAGUUUGUCAGUAACGUGGAUUGCUCCAGAUGCAAAUGUUACUCAUGGCAUUGUCAGAAACUACACCAUAAAUUAUAGACGAGUCAAUUGCAGUGAAAACAACCUGGUUCCCGCUGGGAACUCGUCUUGGAAUACUACAGAAACAGAAACUAAUGCAACUGAGUGGAUUCUGACAAAUUUGACGUAUUGGUCUUGCUAUGAGGUGCGUGUUGCAGCAGUCACUGUUGCCGUUGGUGUGUUCAGUGAAACGAGGACGAUGAGAACUCUGGAGAAUGCUCCAACUGGUUCUCCAAAGAUAGUCAGCUUACAGCCUCGUUCCUCAUCAAGUUUGUCAGUAACGUGGAAUGCUCCAGAUGCAAAUGUUACUCAUGGCAUUGUCAGAAACUACACCAUAAAUUAUAGACGAGUCAAUUGCAGUGAAAACAACCUGGUUCCCGCUGGGAACUCGUCUUGGAAUACUACAGAAACAGAAACUAAUGCAACUGAGUGGAUUCUGACAAAUUUGACGUAUUGGUCUUGCUAUGAGGUGCGUGUUGCAGCAGUCACUGUUGCCGUUGGUGUGUUCAGUGAAACGAGGACGAUGAGAACUCUGGAGAAUGCUCCAACUGGUUCUCCAAAGAUUGUCAGCUUACAGCCUCGUUCCUCAUCAAGUUUGUCAGUAACGUGGAAUGCUCCAGAUGCAAAUGUUACUCAUGGCAUUGUCAGGAACUACACCAUAAAUUAUAGACGAGUCAAUUGCAGUGAAAACAACCUGGUUCCCGCUGGGAACUCGUCUUGGAAUACUACAGAAACAGAAACUAAUGCAACUGAGUGGAUUCUGACAAAUUUGACGUAUUGGUCUUGCUAUGAGGUGCGUGUUGCAGCAGUCACUGUUGCCGUUGGUGAUUUCAGUGAAACGAGGACGAUGAGAACUCUGGAAAAUGCUCCCACGUCUCCUGUGACUAUCACCAAAUUCACUUCUGCAAGCUCAACAUCAUUGCGGCUCGAAUGGACACCUCCUGCUCCUGAUUCUCGGCAUGGGAUAAUUCAGAAAUAUGAUUUAUUCCUUGCAAAAGGAAAUUGCAUCCGCCUUCCUACACAGCACCCAGCAACGACUUCUUCCACGACAUCACUUUCAACGAAAGGCGAAGGUACAAAAACUGAAGCGGCUCCAACAGCGCCAAAACGAUCAAAAAGAUCCAGCUUAGAGUCAGACAACUGUGUCUUCACAAAUUAUUCCACGAUUAAAACCGUACACGACUUUACAGCUUUAGAAAAGUAUGCAAAUUACUCGGUGUACAUUAAAUGCUGGACUGUCGGCCCAAGUGAUAUCAGUGAAAUUAAGGUCGCAAGAACGAAUCAGGACACCCCUGGGAUACCACAGAGCUUUACAUGUGACAAUACGUCUAAGGGAACAAUAGAACUGACAUGGGAAAAGCCUGCUGAACCUAAUGGUAUCAUAAUUAGUUAUGAAUUGACAUGGAAUCCACCAAAAGGUUUUGGAUCUAAUAGCACGGCCGCUGAUGUUUUUUCGCGAAGCAUACCUGGUUUAGAUGCCUACACUGAAUAUAAUUUCACACUUCGAGCAAAAACAUCGAUUGGUCCUGGAGUUCCAAUAUCCUGCAUCGCAACAACAACUGAUGAAGUGCCUGGUAAACCUGAAGGGCUUAGAUCAACUGUUUUGUCUGCUUGGAGUAUCCAGUUGAAAUGGAAGGAACCUUCUGUUAAAAAUGGAAUAAUUUGGUGGUAUGACAUCCAGGUUCGAAAAAAUGGAUUUCAAAUUAAAGCAAUUGAGACAGAACGCACGGUUAUCACGAUAGAUGGUCUGGAACCGUUCACUGAGUAUGCAUUUCACGUCAAAACGCGGGGUUCUGCAGAUUAUAGCGAUGCUGCUAUCGUCAGCAACAAAACAUCACCUUCAAGCCCUCCGCCAAUAACAGGGACAGUACCUGUGGUUACCGGAUCAAGCAGUGACACGAAAACAAGCUACCCAGUUUUCCUACGCGAAUUUUCAAAUCAAAAUGGUGUGAUUAAGUAUUAUAUGAUUUUUGUGUUCAUUGGCAAAGCACCAAAAAUUGACACUUCGAAAUUCACUGCAAAGAACUAUAAUGUGCAUGUACAUGGUAAAGAUGCCUACGUGGCUGCAUAUUUGCAAAAGCUACCCCAAGACGGAAUAUUUAUAAUUGGUGAUGGUACAACGACUGAGAAGAAAGAUCCAUCUAAGAGAAAGCGCAGAAGCACGACAAGUUUUACAAACUCACCCCUAGAACCAUCACGAGAGUAUUCUUGGUUUCAACGUGGAUGUAUCUCAGACCAACUUUGCAGAGAUACGGGAUGGCAAGAAUUCACAACAGCUAAAAGCCCAGGUCCAGCACCCGAAAAGAGUAUCGUCGGAGCUGUUGUGGGUGCCGUUUUCGGAGUUUUGUUCCUAUUCAUCAUCGUUGUCGCUGUGUUUUUUGGCCGAAGAAGAUAUCCAGAGAAGUUCAACAUAGUUUCCUGUGGUAAGAAAGAGGGUGACGAUAUUUCACUCGAUGAGGGUGUGGUAAAUGAUGGUUUCCAAUCGGAUGGCGGCAAUGCUCCGAUUAAAGUUGAACUCUUUUCGCAAUACGUAGAAUCACUGCGACAAAACCAGGGAUAUCGUUUCAGCGAACAGUUUACGACUAUCCAGAACAUACCGCGCGGGACGACGGAGUGUAGUGAUCACGCGAUUAACCGCAACAAGAAUCGCUACACGAAUAUCAAAGCAUACGAUCAUACAAGAGUGAAGUUACAUGCAUUGAAUACUCCUGGGAGUGAUUAUAUCAAUGCAAACUAUAUUGACGGGUAUAAGAGGCCGAAGGCAUAUAUAGCAUGUCAAGGCACUCUGACGCAUACUGAGGAUGAUUUUUGGAGAAUGAUUUGGGAGCAAGACGUCCAGACUAUUGUUAUGGUGACUCGAUGUGUUGAAGGUGGUAGGGAAAAGUGUUCAAAAUACUGGCCUCUCUCUGGAUCCAAAAGAUUCGAUUCAAUGCAAGUUUUUACAGUGGAACGGACAGAAUUCCCUGGCUAUGAUAUAUCGACUCUGAAUGUCCUCAACAGCAGGGAGCCUGGAAACGAAAAGUUUGUGCGUCAUUUUCAUUUCCUCGAAUGGCCUGAUCAUGGUGUACCCGAGUCGGCUCCAUUGUUGUCAUUCAUAAGAAGAGUUAACGAAAGCACUCCUGCCGAUGCAGGACCAACCGUUGUUCACUGCAGUGCUGGAGUUGGCAGAACUGGCACUUUCAUAGUCCUUGACACCUGCUUGAAGAAAAUAGCGAAUGAGGGGUCCCUUGACCCGUUCAACUUCCUACGACACAUAAGAACACAAAGGAACUUCAUGGUGCAGACGGAGGGGCAGUUCGUAUUCAUUAAUGAAACUCUGCUAGAGUUUAUCAAGUGUGGCAAAACUGAAGUUGUUCCAAAUGAACUCCGUGAACGCAUCAAGUGGCUAAAGAAACCACUUCCUGAUGGGGGGAUAUAUCUGGACAAAGAAUUUCAGCUGCUGCAAGAGUUUUCUCAAAGUUCUCAAGACUUUACAACAGCAACUGCAGCCUAUAACAAGACCAAGAAUAGAUUUUUGACAAUCCUUCCAUUUGAGAAGACGAGGGUCGUGUUGCGUUCUAUUCCCGGCUUUCCAGGGUCAGACUACAUCAACGCAAAUCACAUUGAUGGAUAUUCUAAAGAAAAGGCAUUUAUUGCCACCCAAGCACCUAUUCCAAACACAGUCGAUGACUUCUGGAGAAUGGUGUGGGAACAGCAAUCAACAACAAUUGCUUGCCUGAUAAAAGAUUCUGAAACUGCACGGACAAGGAUGCAUACGUAUUGGCCAUGUGAAGCAAAAGAGGCACAGAAGUCAGGUCCAUUACUAAUUGAAAUGGUUGCAGAGCACCAGCAAGGCGAUUUUAUCGUUCGCGAGUUUAAAGUCACAAACUCACAGAGAGGAACCUCGCGGAUGAUCCGUCACUUCCAGUAUACAUCAUGGCCAGACAAUGGAACCCCACAAAACGGCGCUGGUAUCGUCGAUUUCAUUGGACAGGUCCAGAAAUGGCAGCAGCAAACUGGCGAUAAGGUGAUCAUUGUCCACUGCAGCACGGGUGUAGGUCGAAGUGCAGUUUUCAUUGCUCUCUGUAACUUGAUCGAAAGACUGAAAACAGAGAAUGUUAUUGACGUUUUUCGAGUGGUUUGUAAACUGAAGAAGGAGCGUCCUGGCAUGGUGCAGACGAAGGGCCAGUAUCUAUUUUGUCACAUUGCAUUGCAAGAUUACCUGGCUUCCUUUGAUAUAUACUCAAAUUUUAUGUAAGCUGUAGGCUACAUUUUCAUACAGAAGACUUUUGUUAUCACGACUUUGUUAAAAUAGAAAGAAUUAGGCAUAAGUUUAUUGUAGACUAUUAGAAAUGCAACUCGUUAUGCAGAGUUAUUUCACAUUCUCGUAAUAUCACAUUAGAUUUUUUAUUAAAAUUAGCCAAGCGUUAGUCGAUGUGACCAGUAGAUUGGGCUAAUAUUAGCAUGUCAUAAUACAGUUAUUGCUCAGUCAGUCAAGGUGCCCCAUUUGUGUCUUCAAUCUUGAAAGUGGUUUUAACCACGAUAAAAACCACGACCUGUUGCAGAGUAUUACCCUAUUUAUUUGAUUAUAGGACGACCUUGUUUAUAAGCCGCUGCAGGGUUCAUAAAAAAGUGUAAGCUGCCCUUGAUUAUAAGCCCACCCGCAAAUACAUGCAGAAAUUUUUGGUUUGAAAUAACGGACAUAAAAAUUGUGCUUAAACCAAAAAAUAAACAUUCUAGCAUGGGAUCAUCAAAGCGUCUAAAAGAAUUUCUUCCUUAUCUUCUUCGUUAUCACGCUGAGCUUCAAAGUAGCAGGAAAGCUUUCCAGGGGAGUUCUGGGGGGGGGGCUUUAAAAAAAGGGGCUUUUAGGCUUUUGAAGCGAUAAUAAAGAGAGGAGAUAAACAGACCUUCCAACCGAGCUGAAACUACAUAAAAUAUAAUAAAAAUUGAUUUGUAUCAAUCUUAUAUCAUGGUGCUUGUGUUAAUCUUAUACCAAUUCACACUUAGUAGCUUCGGUUUUUUUUUCUUUUCAAAUAUUUCUAAUCUACUCAUUAUCGUAUAUGACAACAUGCUGAUGAUACUAUUAUCAUAAAAAGAUGUGUAUUGGUAGAUCGUUUUUAGAAAGAAGUAUAUGAUUUCUCAA